UAGAAAAUAAAAACCCUCACGCCCUCUAGCUCUACGUUGAAGAUAUGCGCUGGUAAAAAUCUACGUCUUGUGUAAAAAGAAGGGCUGUGUAAAGACCGACAAAUAAACCAAUCAUGUUGCAGCAGGUUUUACGUAUUGGAAGCCAGGCCAGGCCAGCCCUGACGGUGAUCGUGAGGCGUAACCUAGGAGCCAGCAGUGUCGUCAUGGCCAAGACCAAAGCAGCAGCAGGACCUACAGACCCAGUACAGAAGCUCUUUGUGGAUAAGAUCAGGGACUACAGUAACAAGAAGAAGUCAGCUGGUGGUAAAUUGGUCGACUCUGAUCCACAGACCGAGAAAGAGAUGGCAACAGAGAUAGGAAAGCUUAACAAGAUGUUUGGAGGUGGAGACAUGACACAAUUCCCCACAUUUGAAUUUAAAGAUAUCGACUUCGGAGCAGAAGAGAAGAAAUGAUGAGGGACCAUCCUGUACAGACAGACACACACACAGUGGAAUCUAUGAAGGCCAAUCUUCACCAAUAAUUGUGCAGUGAAUUCCAAUUAUUACACAGAUAACCAUAGGCCCCUCUCGCUCUUGUAUAAGCAAAAAUAAUUCAUACGUUAUAUGGCAGUGGCAUCGUAUCAAACUUUAAAUACGUGUAUUUUUAUUUGUGAUUUUAUCAAGAUGACAUGUAGAGGGCUACAAGAGCACUGAACUUGUCUUAAGAAAUGACCAUACUGGUAAUAAUAAUAAUAGUGGGUUCUUGUAUAGCGCUCAUGUCUGUCAGACUUGACACUCUUGGCGCUCCAGAUUACAGGUUUAUAUACAAUAUCUCUUGAUCACGUAUUGUGGGGGUAUCUAUUCAUACAUGAUCACCAAAUUGCACCAUUGAGGUGAACAAACGGGGUUGGGGAUUGAUGCCACUGUUAUCAUUGAGGAUAGAUUCAUGCCAUGGUUUUAGUAUCAGAGAGUGUUAUGUUGUAUAUUGGAAUUUAUACAUGUGGAGAUAUAUUAACAAUACACUGAAAUUCAGUGUUUAAAAAAUGUCCUAUUAACUUCACUCGUAUGACUGUUUUGUGUGUUUUCGAGUAUUUUAGGGGUUACAUUAACUCAACAUGAGUAAAGUCUGUAGGGACGGCAAAAAAUAGUUUGGCUUUUCCCAAAUUUGACUUGUUUUGCAUAAUUGGGGGGGGGGGGUAAUUGCUUUAACUUAGGAAAAAUUGACUUUUGUAACUUUGAGUUAUGCAGAAUAAACUGUAUUUUCUCUGA